GCUUAUGUCAAACUUUUCUUCUAUUUUCAUGCAAACUCCCAUGCCAAAGCAAUACACCACGUACCCUAGCAGAUCGACAUUCACUUUUGCAGCUGAUCUGGUGAAUUUACUUCUCGUUUUCGGAUUCUGCAAGCAGUGCACGGUACGAGAAAAUUCGGAAAUGUUUUUUUCCAGUGCCUUCUAGUGCGGCCAUACACUAUCGCAAAUUUUUCGAUCGCUCUUUCUUCUACUCGUGCUGCGGCCGUGUAUUUCAGUGUAAUUCUCUGCUAACCAACCAAUUUUCUAGUACGUCGAGAAGCAAAGUUCCCUCACAUCAUCAUCACGGCCGAAUGCAAAUCGUGCACAGGAAAUCUCGCAACUCUCAGUGGUGGUCCACGGCCGGCCGAAAGCUCUUCCGAAGACGCACGCUCUAAAAGCGUGCAGCUUUGUCUAUCAGUUUCCGGCCACUAAUUUUUCGGGUGUUUUAUUUUUCUGCCUCGUGCGUGCGUGCGUGUGUGUGUGUGCAGUUAACAGUAGUGCUUCCGAAUUAUUGCCAUUCGGCCAUCCCUGUCUACAGCUAGUGGCCAAAGGAUGGGAAGCAAAAGGGCCACACGGCAAAAUGUAAUUGUCCAGUGAAAUGUGGAUGGAUGUAGCUGAUCAAUCAGUACGGGCGACUAGGGGUGCAUACGUGCAUCCAGUGAGCUCGCAGUGAGCGUGUGAUACUACUAGCAGUGAUAUGAAGAAGAAAAAAUAGUUUCAUUUCGCGUGUGGCUCCCGCAUUUCCCGCAUUACGACCCAUCAAGCAAAGGCAAAAUCAAAAGGAAAAAGUGUUGCCCCGAAAAAAAAAAGAGUGUCGGUGAAAAGAAGUGCCUCUCUGCUAUACGGGCUAGCGUUGGCUUUAUAUCUCUCCUUUGUGUGUCCCGUGCCUGUUUCAUUGCUAGUCUUUCAUCCCGCACAUUCGCUACAGCUUUUAUUCGGAUCAAGUUUUUGGUAUCCACAAAAGUCCAAUCCCCACCCCACCCAACAACAGUGCCCUCGUGUGUCCUACUUCGAUCAGUGAAGGUUAUUAGUGAAAUAAGUGAGCAAAAGCUACAGUUUUCUCGUGCGUUCGUGUUUGCCUCUCUGUGCGUGCGUGUGUGUCUGUGUAUAUAUGGUCUGUUUCUUUGGCCAGCACAAGCAUACGGUGAAGGGCGUGUAACAGGUGUAGCAGAGCCGGCAGGAAAUGUCUCAGACCAAUUCGUUCCAACCGUGGAAACAAACGCUCCCGGUCGGUUUGCCGUCCAACCUUGGCUCCGCUAUCUUCGGUGGUACCACAGCUGUCAGUGCAACAGCAGGCUAUGGAAAAGUACCAGCUCUACUACUACCACCACCACAGCAACCCACCCCAUCACCAUCGUCCUCGUCGUCAUCCUCGUCGUCCCUGUCCUCCGUUAGUUCGUCGACGCCGGCAUCAACGGGCGCACUAGGUACACCCUGCACACCAAUGCAUACGCCACUGCUGACCGUUCCUUCGCCCGGAGCAAGUACUGUGUCGUCAUCCACGUCCACCGGCGGUGGCACUGAUUUUCUCGCCCAAAUGGCCGUUAACAAGCUGAAACUAGGGAAGCUAAAUGCUAGCUACGAACUGACCGCUAGUACGGGUCCAGCAUCCCACCCACCUGCAACGGGUGGCACCGAGAUGGAUAUGGACCUAGGUGCAGAACAUGAUCCGAGUGUUGCAGCGAUGAAGGCAAUGCUGGCUAGUUCCGGUUGCCACAAUACAGCCGCCCUUGGGGACCGUGACCGGGAACAGCAGAUACAGCAAAUAUUCGAAAAAUCCAUCAGUGACACCACCAAGAAACAGAUAGUGGAAAUAUUGGAGAAAAUAUCAACCCUUCGACCGCCGGAACGUUUGCUGCUGUACCUUCGUAUGCCUGGCGGUUAUCCGGAAACAGAUCCUUUACGCCAGUCACAGAAUCCGCUAGGGACGCGGCUAGAGAUUAAUCACACGAUCAACUGGGUUCGGUCGCAUCUAGAGCACGACCCGAAUGUGUCAAUUCCGAAGCAAGAAGUGUACGAUGAUUAUGUAGCAUACUGCGCCAGGAUCAACAUAAAGCCCCUUUCCACGGCUGAUUUCGGCAAGGUGAUGAAGCAGGUGUUUCCCGGCAUCCGGCCGAGACGGCUUGGCACGAGAGGACAUUCCAGAUACUGUUACGCUGCCAUGCGUAAGGCCACGAAACUUCCCACACCGAAGCUUCCCGAUCUCACCAGCGCAGGCAGCUCAACCGAGAAACAGUCUAGCGAGGGCCAAAACUUCAGCGAAGAAGAAUCCUGGAAGGUGAUAAAGGCGUGGGCCGAAGCGAUGCUACCGUCAUGCUUCGGUACGAUCAACGAGCUGGCCAGCUUUAUCGCAAAGAACAACCUAAACACACCGUCCGGCAUUGGCAGCCGGCAGCAGCUGCACAAGAAGAUCCUUCAGCGAGAGAUGAAGGAAAAGCGAAAGCUAUCCGCUGUAGCGAUGAAGAAACGGCGCAAGAAGCGCAGGAAGACACUCUCGACGAGCAUUUGCGAUGUGCCGGAGUCCCGUAACACCAGCACACCGGACAGUAGCAAAUCGAAACCGUUGGGAGCAUUCGGCAGUGCGGUGGAAAGUCAGCAGCGAACCGUAAGUACAAAACAAACACCGCCAGCACAGCAACCGGCCACGCCGAUCGAACGUGGUGGAGGGAUUGGCGCGUCCUGCAACGGAACCGCCCCCGGUGUGACAAGUCAGCUGCUCCAGCACAUGAUUAAGCGCGAGCAGCAGGAUUAUCUCGACGAGGACAACAACAAUACGACCUCGGCCGUCAUCGGUAGCGGCAAGAUGAUGUUACUGCAACGUCAGCAACAGCAGCACCAGCAACAACAGCAGCAUCAAAGUAAAAAUCUCAACUGUGAUACUAAUAAUGGUGUCUUGGAGUCGUUGAACAAAGACCUGAUGAUGGCGGUAGCGGCCAGCGGUUUUCUUCCACCGUCGGCCAUCGCACACGGCACUCACCCACCGCAACAUGUGCAGCAGCAGCAGCAGCAGCAACAGCAACAGCUAAUCCAACAGCGUCUGCUAGAGGGAGGAAUGCGCAGUCCGCAGGAUCAACAGUUUCUGCAGAAUGUGUACUGCAAAAAGGUACGCCAAGCGCAACAGCUGAAGGCCGUCCAGCAACAGCAGCAGCAGCAAGCACAGCAGCAAUUGCAACUGCAGCAACAUCAGCAACCAUCCGGCGGCCACCCGCAGUCACCGUUGUUCUUUCCCAACCGACCGACCAGUGUGCAGAAACGGCAGCUGGCAAACAGUGUCGCGUACGCCGGUAGACAGAAGCGUCUGAAGCUGCUCCAGCAACGUCAGCAACGUUCGCUCGAGGCACAAAACAACAGUGCGCCCCGGUACGACGAGCAGGGCAAUCUAAUACUCAUCGAAACGCAGGAUCCGACGACUCAGGAUGAGUUUAUCAUACCGCGCGAACGGGUCAUCAGUAUUUGCAACAUGGACAAGAACGCGCUGGACGGUUAUCUGAACUGUGAGGAGGAAAACUCACAGGACCAGGACCAGGAGUUGCUAAAGUACUUCCCGGAGGAGGACGGUGCCGGUGGUGGUGCAACGCAACAGCUUGACCCAUCGGUCGAUAACGAUGGUCCAACGGCUAGCUUCGGCAACGGUUUGUUCGAUGAUGACGAAAAGCUGCUGCAGAUACGUAUGAUUCUCGAAAAGAACCAGAACAACCAGAACAAACAGCAGAUGUUGCAGCAACAGCAGCAGCAGCAGCAGCAAAUGCAACAAGCGCUAGAAUCCCAUCUGGCGGGUUACGAUACAGCGGGUACGGUGAACCAAGGCCACCAGUCGGGUGGUAUGGGAUUACAGCCGGGAUCGGCCGCUGCUUCUUUGGCCGCUCUAUCGCAGCGUCAUAACACCUCCGCAAGCGAUCAUCCUUCGGGAGCAUCAUCAACGAACGUGCACGCAUCGGAUCAACAACAUCCACGGCAGCAGCAGCAGCAGCAGCAGCUAAAACACUCCACUGGAAGUACCGUCAACGCCUCCCACGAGGGUGGGCUGUCUGCUCAAAGCUACGGUUCGAAUCAAAUGAAUGGAACGGUGACACCAAGCGGCACCCAAGCAGCGCACUCGCAAACGCUGCAGAGUCCAACGGCCCGGCGCAAAAAUUUUAGCUUCGUACCCAUCUCCGAGCAGCCACGUGUCGGCAUGGGCACCAAACAGUUGGCAGCCGGUGGUAACAUAAACCACACACCAACCGCCAGCCCUUUCGUAAGCCCAAGAAGCACACCGAUCCACCGCAAAGCUCACAAAGCAUCAAACGGACUGACGUUAAAUUUAGCGGAGCACAAAUUUAACAAUCAGCCGCAAACGCAGCACGGACACCACCAGCAACAGUUGCAACUCACCGGUGGUCCAUACGGUCAGCAGCAUCAGUCGCAGCAUCCGCAGCAACCAUCCGCCCGGUCUUACCUGAGCAGCUACAUUAAGAAUGAACUGCCCGCAUCGGCACCGCCCAGUCCGUCGAUGAUGCAACCGUACCGGUUCGGUACGAUGAAUGGGCUAAACUGUGGCAUCUCAUCAAUGCCGACCACGUUUCAACCGAUCUGCAAUCCGCACGGUAGCCUUUCGUCGGGCACUACCGGUGCAGGAGGUGCCCAUAAUGGGUCAAUCUCUUCACUCGAGUCCCGUUCCAGCAGUGUGCCGCUGAUUCCAAAUUAUGACCCAUACUGCAAUUCCAACUACACGUCCGUCUCGCAGACGCCCGUCCCGUCGGAGUACGAUGAUUUUACCGACACGGGCAACAUUCUUGACAUGCUGAACGAACAAUCGAGCCAGCUGACGGCCGCGGUUAAGAUCGAAGAAUCGGAACUAACCAUGCCCGAUUUGCUCCCGGAGCAGCUACAACAGCAGCAGGAAGAUGGAGGAUUUUUUACCCGUUCCGCCAACUAUAAUAUCGUUUCGCGUUCCGUUCCUUCAACGCCACUGCCACAUAUCGGUGGUUUCCGGCCAAACAGUUCGACCGCCGGUUCCGGUCCCUGCAUCGGUCCGAUGGGUGGUGGUAGUUCCGCUGGGCUUGGAAUGGUAGCGACCCGAUCGAUGUUUGAGCUACCAAAGUCUGUCCCAUCGACACCGAUCGCACUGAACGAAAGCAGCUGCCAGGGUGAAUCGAUGUUCCAGUACAGCCCGGAAACGUCACGCGAUUUUCUCAUCAACGGGAACUCGGUCGACCGUAGCAAAUCAUCCGCUGCCUCGUUUUACUCCCCGGUGACCGGUACUAGUGGUUCCGGAAGUUCUGCACCGGGUAGUGUAUCCAGUACAUUGGCCGCGAUGGCUGCCAAAGGAGCGGAUACGACGAUCGCGGGCAGUAAUGUGGCCGGUGAGCUUGGUGUCGUUUCACCGCAUCCGACCGGUACCGUUCAUUCCACAUCGACUGCGACGGCGGACCCGAUUGCACCACCGUCGGCCGAUCUUGCCAGCGUCCUUUCCGACGGUAUCGAGGGCCUAUCGAACGAGCUGGACAGCAUGGCAGAAUCGAUGAUCAAUUCCGACAUCUUGCGGAAUCUGUAAAAAAAAUCGACGGCUAGGUAAUGGCGACGGGAAGGUUCCUCAACCCAGGAAGCAACAUUGUAGCUACAAUGUGUUUAGGUCGACCGUUUUAUUUGUUUGGUAAUUUAUUCACCACGUGCCGCCAUCAACUGCGGUCGAGAUUGUGUAUCGUCUGUAUGUACGGCCGUACAUAGUAGUGCGCACCCGAUCGUUCAUUACCCUUCCGAUCGCAGAAACCGGCGGGCCACGGGAUGGGUGCAGGAUGUGCGAGGUAUGUACACUGGUUUCGUUCCAUCCUUUUUUUUCGCACAUGUUGCAUCGCGUCUACUACUAAUGCACUCGAAACCAACCCACUCACUGAGUGCUAUUUAGUAGAAUGGUGCAUUUACGCUGGUGCAACAGUGCAACAGUGCAGCAUCAUUGGACGUGGGAUAGCGCGGGCUGUGGUGGCGUGCAACGACGCUCCACCGUACAUUCUCCCGACCCAGUGCACUGACACACACACACACACAUACACGUGCCCGGAUGCAUACAUCUUGCCAUCGCCGUUGUGUGACAUUGGCCUUGAAAUAGUGCACACACUUUCCACACUUGCGCACCACAAUCGCAGUGUGGUGCAACGUGUGAUGUGCGAUUCUGCCGGCCGGCUCUAUUACGUUGGUAAAGGGCGAUCGGGCGGGGGGGCGGGAGGGGAGAAGGGAAUAAAAUCGCAACGGGUUCAAUAAGGGCAGGGACAAUACACGAAGACGGGCAGAAGUAGGUUUAAUUUACAAUAUUCCUUGCUGCUCUAGAUAAUAAUGUUUCGCUUUUGCUACCGAUUGCCGAUUUUCUUCGCAUAGAAAGAGAAAAUAGGCAGGAGGAGGCAGAAGGCAGCAAGUAAAAGUGGGGUGUGGAAUAAUGCCGUGCGGGUGUUAGGAUGCACAUCGCAGAUUUUAUUGGACAUCCUCUAUCUCGGUGUCGAUGGCGUGUGUGUGUGUAACGAGCAGCAAACGUAGAAUGGAACGGAAUACAUUAAUUUGUGCCAAGAACCAUUUUACGACGCGCGUUUGUUAACUAUUUUUAACCAUCCUACACAAAAACGCACACAAAACGCUAUUUAAUAGUGCAAGCUGGCAACGAUGAUUGUUUAUUUAAUGUCCAGGAAUAGUAAUAUUAGUUGUGUAUAAUUUUGAAACAAAGUUUGACACCAUUAUCUAUUCGUCAGAUAAUUACAUCCCGAAGGAAUGCUGCAAAGAUUAGCCACAUGCUAUUUAUUGUUAUUACAAUAUUUUCAUUACGAACAUUCCAACCAAUCGAAAGUCGUUCCCUACCACCCAUCUUGUGUGGGGUUGUUGUGCGUGUAUGUGUGUGGUCACUUUGUAUGCAAAUUAGCAAUGGAAAAAUCAAUAAUUCUCACCACCAAUUCCUUCUACUUGCCCCGUCGUCCAGCCCGGCGUUGAUUUACGUCGGACAUUCGGGUCUGUCGGGUCCUUACGAUGUGCAACUCGUACACGUGCCAACUGUUAAUAGGCCCGAACGAUUUUACAAAGUUGCGCUUUAAAGGAAGACCGAGAGAGAGCGAGGAAUAAAACAUGUACGAAAGAAGUUGAUUUUUGCGCAGUUUUUACAUGAUCGUUGAUGCGAUCUUGUGGCAAACCGAUCUUUAUGGGCACAUUUUGUUUUCUUUGUGAGAUUUUGCGCAUUAAUCAUUAGUGGUUAAAGUUUGGCACUGUAAUUUCCAUUUUUACGUACGCCUCCUAGUGAGUCACGGUAAAGUGUUAAGAGACGACACUUGAUGAAGACCCGCAUUCGCUGAUAGUUAAUCGCUGUAAAACGGUGCAAUAAAUUGCUUGUUUAGAUGAAAGUGGCAAAAAGGUUCUCAUGUGUGUUCGCUUAUCGUACACCAUACAUUGUAGCCCUUCAACUUUGCCUCGAUACAAGGGGAAGCGUCCACUAGCGAUUGAUAAGGAACUAUUGGCAAUUGAAUGAAUUCCAUUUCACGUAGACGCGUUAUUGCGUGAAUCUGGCUGGAGCAUGGAAAACUUUCACACUCAAAUCUGGCAAAUACGGUGACGGUGACGUUUCAAGUAGCAUCCGCUUAUCGCCUUUUUUACUGUGUGAACGCUCUUGAAGCCAAGCGUACAGUAAGAAAACCCUAUUUGCUGGAAUGUGCACCAGACGCUAGGAAGAUUAAGGAAACUUGUUCGAUUGGUGAUGGAGCUCACGUGCAUCAACAUAUGUAUGCGCCGGUAAGAAAGAAAGAUGAUUAUCGAUCACGGGAGAAAGUGAUCAAUGAAUCGGAGUUGAUAUGAUUUCAUUGCAAAUUGUAGUAUCUGUACAAAUGCACUUCUACUAGCUGUUUAUCUUCCAGCGAUUAAUGGAAGGGUAUGAUAGUACGAUAAACACAGUUAACAAACACACACAUCGCACAAACCCACAAACCUAAUUUGGAUGCGUACCGAUGGACGUUCCGAUAUGCAUCCACUUGGCGUGUGAGCAAAAACCCACUCCCCGGGUGCAGCGAUGAUGCAGCAGCAGUGAGAGCGAGUAAAGGCCCUGCCCUUGAACGGUAUCACAAGUUCAUCGACUUUGCCGGCGUUAUGUGCAGGCCGCACACGCACAUCAACAUCAACCGCUGUGCAGUUCCGGAGCGUGACAAGCCGGUCCCGCACCAGUUGUGUAACGAAUCUCUAAUACGGUCGAACUAGACGAUGGGCCCAUAUUUGUAUGGGCGCGGAAACACAUGGAAUGGAAGCAUCGUGCGACGAAGCAUGAUCGCGGAGAGUCAUCCCGAUAUUCUGGCAAACAACACUCACCAUCUCGGCCGACAUUGCUGGCUGCAUUUGAUGAUAUAUGUGUGCGAGGAAACGUUCCGUCACAUAUGCACCGCGCGUCCCCACGAUACAAAGUCGCGGGGGUGUGGCGCAAUACAUCAUGCAAUGCACAGGUGUUAGACAUCGUACGAUGUGUUUAAUUUAUAACUAUUACUAUCGAUCACGAUGGCGUCAGGAAACGAUGCUGCACGUCAAUGUGUCGUUUGUGGCUACGGUCCGGAAAGAUCGGCAACCUACACCGUCUGGUAAGCUGCAUAAGCAGGCAACGGUGCAGAGCACUAGCGCGUCCCUCGUACGCUCUUUCCCCAAACAAGCCGGGAAGCGCUCUAUCAGAGCACGUUAUGUAAAUGCACUUGCUUAGUGCACUAGCGGGAUGCGAACGUAGCUGAUUAGCGGUUGGGACUGUGGUUGGGAUAAAGAGCAAUAUGUUUUGCUAGUGUUGCACUUCGCCUGGUAACCAACGCGGAAUUGAUUCCGACAUCCCGAUGGAAUGGAGGACAGGAGAGAAGAACCUUGGGGCACUAUUUGUUUUCCUACUUGCCCGACCAUACCGUUGCGUUAUUAAUUCAUAUAAAAUUUAUAGUCAAUCGCGUCAAUUCCUAUGGCUGGGGUGCAUUAGCUACUUGCUAAUGUUAAUGUGAGUAUUGUCGUUUCGAAAAAAAACAAACUGUUAUAUUGGUUGGUUGCAAAAUCUCCCUCUUCCCAGUGCCAACCCACAACCCCAGUGAGAUUAAGCCCCAUUUAGUCCCUAUUGUAAUCUUCCUGUUUUGUCCUUUCUCCAUCUCAAUCUCGGUGUGCAAGCACGAUUUAGAGAGCACGUGGAAAAAGAUCGACACACAGAAAGGGGCUACAAACUGUUGUACGCCGGUUGGGAAAUGAUUAAAUCUACUGAAACAAAUCAAAAAGGUGUUGAAAAAAAAUUUAAACUUACACCAAACAAAAAAAGAACAAAACCACACAGAGCUUUUGGCGUAAAUAUGUAGCGUUUAGAAAGAUAGAAACAAGGAACAGUUGCACAAAAUGUUGAACGUUAAUCAAAAGUAAGAAACAACAACAACUAAAACCACACGUAACGAAAGGUUUACAUCUCGGACCAAAAUUAUUUACACUGAAUAGGCAACAAUUUAACGAAAGUGAAAGGAAGGUGAAGGCUAGCGAAACGAAAACCAAUUACAAAACAAGUGCUAAAACAAAAUGGAAAACAAAUUAUUAAGAAACUUUAGGACGGAAACAAAAUUAAACGUUGUUGUACAAUUUAGAAAAUCUUUCAAAAGGUGCUUCUGUAAAGGAUGUUUUUUUUUUCGUUUAUUAACACAAACACACGAACCAGGGGCAAUGUUACAUUUAGUACAUAGCGAAAUGACACAGAAACAAAGAAAACAAAAAAAAUCGUGAACUAAUCAAUGAUCUAAAUCCCACCAGAAAGCGCGCAUGUACACCGGAAUGGAUGUCCGGAGUGUGGAGGGUUAAACGAAGGAUUAAAAAUCCAACCCAUGUAGUGUGUCGAUUUACUAGGUACAAUCGCACGUGUCCUCCGCACGAUAUAUUACUCCACAAAUCGGUGUGUUUGUGUAUAAGUAGAAACCUUAACGCCGUAGCAUUCGCCGGCAGGCGAAAGUCGCAAAGACACUAAACAUAAAAAGGCAACCUGAAACAAAAGCAGGCAACCAUUGAUUGUUGCAAAACAGGUUCCGUUCUUCAGCCACGGGCAGGUUUGUCAAACGGCGAUCCUUUACACCUAUGCUUUAGUUUUAUAUUGUACUGACGUGUACUGGCAAAGACUUGCGCUUAUUACACUCCUCCUCCCGAUUGUCCUUGUCCCGUGCAUAUUAGGAUACGCAAAAGAAAGAAACACAGAAAGUGCAAAUUAAUUGUUAAGUGUUGAGUUGUUGCAAAAAUUAAUCCACGUUACAUUUAUGUUUGUUUUUUUUUUUUUGUUAGUUUGUGUAAGGGUGCCGUUUAUAUGCAGCAUGUUUGUAUAAGAAACCGAUCGUACUCGUGUAAAAAUGAAUCACAAAGUGUUUUAGUUGAGAGAAUUAGAGAAAUUCGUAUGUCGCAUGGAUGAGGGACAAACGAUUAUUACCAACAACUAGACGCUAGAAUUCAUAAUUACAAAUAAUCUAUUACAAAUUACGUACCAAUCCUUGCAAAGGAAUAGAUUUUUUUUCUAUUAUUGAUUAGUUUAUAACAUGUUUGUUAGUUUUGUUACGUUUAAUCGCCAUGCAGAGGCGAUUUUUUAAAACAGAGUAAAUCCAAUGUUAAUCAGUGUCUCCAUUUUUUGGAUUUUAACCAUCGUCCGGCACUGGUUGGGCGUGUGUGGUUUAAGUUUCCAUUUUGCCACAGCGACAAACAAACUAGUAUACUACAAUAUCAAAGAAUCGAACAAUUAUUAAAGACACAGAACCGGACCCAGCGCUGCGCGUGUGGACAACAUUACAUUUAAUCUUCAAUUUGGAAAAUCAGCAUCAGCUCUCCGGCUGUGCAAGUAGCAUUUGCAGAUAUGUAAGGGUAAUAAUAGUCCGAACGAUUGUAAAUCGUUCGCAAUAGCAAACGCCGCGCGGUUCAGCUGUAGUUGAGUAAUAACGAACAAAAUGAUGGUAAAAACGAAGUAAAACACACUUAUAUUCAUAUGAUGGAUGUGCCUAAAACAAUAUACGAACAAGCUACACACACAUAUAGUGGAAACAGUUGUAAA